GUAACUCUCUGUGUCUCUCUCUCUCUAUGCAUGUAUAUAUAAUAUGCAUAUACAUACGUAUAAAUGCGUGUAUAACUGAGAAAUGGAUUUCUGUGUGUUGAAUAUCUAGAUUCCUAGAAUUUCGGGUGUGUACUAAUUAUUAGUUGCAAUUGUUUUUUGAAAUUUGAAUUCCGAGGAAAUCAUUUACUUUAGUUUCUGAAAAAAGUAGUCUAUUUUCGACAGUCAAGGUAAAUUGGUCAAUGAUCUAUUUGGAAAUUCAUUGAAUUCUUAUACGUGUUCUUGUAUUGGCUUCUGGUUUCCUUGUAUUUCACUAUGGUAAUUGGAUAAAGGUGACUUCAGUGUGAGAGAGGUGUAUUGAGAGAAAGUGAAGAAAGAGUAGAGCAUUUGUGAGUUUUGGUCAUUUACCUUAGGCUAUUUGUGAAGAUAAUUAUAGUUUAGAGGGUGGAAAUCAAGAAACAUAGAUUUCUACAGAGGGAAACUCGCUCAACUGAAGUGGGUAUUCGUGUUCUUUCAUGUUUUUUUGACAAUCGUGAGUUUUAGGUAGCAGAAUUCACCGAAUACCGGAGGUGGGUUUUCUAUUUUCCUUUUUUUUUUUUUUACUUGUACGAUUUUGAAGAUAUCUUGAUAUUACUUUCAGUGAAAGGCCUUUGAUUUGAUUGUUUUUGGGCUUCUUCUUGUUAAGAAUUGCUAUGCUGUGUAGUAGUUUAGGGUUUAAAGAAUUGGGGUUUCGGGGAAUGUGGCUAAUAUGGUCUUUUGACCACCUGAUUAGCUUAAUCUUAAUCAGGACUUCUGACGCUACUGUUUUUAAUUAGGGGUCAGAAACACAUUGAUUGAUUCUUUCUAAGGCCUCAUGAUUUAUGCAACGGAAAAGAAGGUUACUGAAAUCAAUGCUUUGCUUUCUGAUGACUUGCUCAAAUAAAUAAUGUUUACCUACAAAAGGAAUAUAUCUAUAUUUUAUUUUUUAGUUGUGUUUUCAAUGUUUUGUUGUACUUAUCUGUUUAGGAAGGGAGGGUUAGUGGUUGUAAAGCCUUAAUCUACCAAAUCACUGUCUUUCUAUGUAGUUCUUGAAAGAUUCUUGUUGAAUACUUAUCUCUGUGUCUAUGGCUGUUGAACAGGUUUACAGAUUUUUCUUUCUGAAUGUUUUUUGCAUUGUCUCUCGGAUCCGAUAGAAGAAUAUGUUGUGGAACAGGUGUGAAGUGAAGUACUUAAAAUUGCUGCAUAUUUUUUCUUUUCCAUAACGACUUAUUUGAUGAGAACUUUAAUAUGUAAUUUCCUUUCGUGAAUGGCUCGAUUGUGCCAUUCUUAUAUGUGGUGCUUGGAUUGAGCUUUGAAAUUCCCUACUAGCUAUCUCUUUUCAAGUGGUAACUAUUUUUUCAUCCUUUCCCAGACACCCAAACAAAGAAAGUUGUUUUCUGUUAUUAGAGGGAAAUAUUCUCCUUCUUCAUUGCCUUCUUAGGCUCCAUAUCAUGCCAAACCAUUUAUUAUGCAUUUACAAUGAUUUAUUCUGUUUGUUUUUUCCUUUCAUUCUGUGUGUUUCUAUUUAUCUUUAUUCUGUUCUGCUCCACUAGUCUGAAUGAUUCCUCUUUGUAUCUGAACUUAAGAUUAUUGAAGCAUUAGUUCAAUUGUUUGUAACUGACAGAGAACAGAUUCCUUUUUGGUUUUGAUACUUUGGUCUUUCUAUUACAUGCCAUAGAAGGCUUAUGCAACUUUUGGAAUUAUGGAUGGAUUUUUUUUUCUUCUGUUUGUUAAUUUCUUGUCUUCUUAGCAAAAAAACUCUCUCUCCCCCCAAACCACCCUCUUGUGAACUGGAUUCUUAUCAGUUGUUUUAAGAUUCUGCACAUCUGUAUAUGUAAAAUCUAAAUAGGCUGAAACUAUGUAUGUUUUGGCGUCUUAAACUUGAUGUAUGCUUUGGUGUCUGAAACGUGAUUCAUUUGCUUAUGUAUUUCCUUUGGUUUUCUCCAGGUCUUAGCAACCUCAUUAAGGUUUGUGAUCUAUUUUUCAGAGGAGCACUUUCCAUGAUUUGAGCGUGGACAUAAAACGUGGGAGUUGAAGACACAAUGAUGAAGAAGCUCUUCUUUUUCAGAUCAUCUUCAUCCGGCUGUGGAAACGAGAUUGAGGUUCCACCACCAUCAACAGAUAAGCAAGUCUAUUCUGAGAAACCAUCAGACUGUAACAUGGCUAGAACAAAAAAACAUGUAUCUGAAACCCAGAAAUUUGGUACCAGUCCGUGUCUUAGAAGGAGCCUUUCCUUCUCCUCAGGAUCCAUUUAUGAUGGUGGACUAGGACAAAGGAAUUUGAGCAAUCCAAGUGGGUCUCCUUGUAGUAGUAGCAGUAAUAUUCCCCUCAAGCAACCGGGUCGCCACUCAUCUCGUUGUCGUGCCCUUACUCCUGAGAGGCGACCCAAGGCAAAAUGCUUUGAAGCGGCUGCUGUUCAAAAUGCACAGAGAGUAGAGAAUCUAGGCUGCUUUCCUGCUUCAAGAGCUCACUAUGAUGCAUCUGAAAACUCUUCAUAUAGCUCUAGUAAUGUCUCAAUUAAUGUUCUGGAUCGUUAUAUUGAUGGGGAACAUCAGCAGGAAAAUGGCAGAUUACAAAACAACUCUUGUGCCAGAAAUCAAUUUGGAAAUCGAAAUGGUGGUGGAAAGCGUACUCCACGAGGUCAGUAUACAGAACCUGCUUCACCAACAGAUGGUAGGAAACAGAAACCAAAGUCUGAUUCAUUUAGAGAAACUAAAGGAUCAAAACCUUAUUUAUCAUCGAGAGACUGGGUGGAGAACGGAUUUGGGAAUGAAUCUCCUCGGAAACUUGCAAAGCAUGUCAUUGAGAGACUUUCUCAGACUCGGGGUUUGCACAAUUUUAAUUCAAAAGAAUUUGAUCCUGAUGUUCCAAUCACAGUUGAAGAUAUCUAUGGCGGAUCCUUAAAUAGUGGCCCUCUCUCAUAUUCUGAUGGGGAUUCUCAACAAGAUUAUACACUGGAUGAUCAUGGUCCUGAUGAAACCAGUAAUGGUUAUCAUCAUGAAGGAAUCUCAGGUUUCCUGGAACGCAUUAGUUCCUCUGUUGAUAAUUGUGGAAUUAUAAGUUUGGUUGAGGCUGAAGAGGAUAUGGAUGCUGAGUUAACUGGAAAAUCCAAGAAAGCUGAUGAGCGGGCCAUGUUUGUUUCCAAAGAGCUUCAGCAUGAGAACUUCCUUCGAGAUAUUGAGCUCAGUGAACCAGCAUUGAUUCAUGUGAUUAGAAGAUUAAUGGAGGAGAAGGUAAACAUGGCACUUGAGGUUUCAGCCAGCCUACGGGAUCAAAUUGCUGAGAGGGCUACAGCCAGGGAGGAACUUAGACUGGCAAGGGCAGAACUGGACUCACGUACUCGGAGAUUGGAGAAGGAAAAGAAUGAGUUGCAGGCAGCAUUGGAGAAGGAGUUAGACAGAAGAUCAAAUGAGUGGUCGAUGAAGCUUGAGAAAUACCAGGCUGAAGAGCAUAGGCUUCGUGAUAGGGUUAGGGAGCUCGCAGAGCAGAAUGUUUCCCUUCAAAGGGAAGUCUCUUCCUUUAGUGAGAGGGAUACAGAUACUAGAAGCAGGAUUACUUAUUCAGAGAUGCAACUUAUGGACCUGAGUGCAAGAGUAGAGGAAGCAAAAGAGGAGAAUCAAAACCUGCAACGAAAUCAUGCUGAAUUACAAGACAGGUGUAGAGCAGCAGAAGAAGAUCGAGAUUGCAUCAGAAGAAACUAUGAGGAGAAAGAGAAAGAGUGCAAGGAAUUGCACAGAUCUGUUAGUAGACUGCUAAGAACUCGCAGCGAACAAGAGAAGACAAUUAAUGGACUGCGAGAAGGACUUAGCGAGGAAGUUAGGAAGAAGACAUCUCUGGAGAACUUUGAUAACCAGUUGAGGAGGUUGCAAAUGGAGCAAACGAGGUUGACAGGAGUGGAACAAGCUUUGAGGAAGGAGGUGGAAUCUACUAGGCUUGAAGUUGAUUCUCUCAGGCAUGAGAAUGUGAACUUACUAAACCGUCUAAAAGGCAGUGAAAAGGAGGGCUUUUCAACUUUCAAGCUAGAUCAGGAACUGUGGAACCGUGUUCAUUGCUUGCAAAAUCAAGGGCUACCAGUGCUUGUGGAGAGCAUUAAGCUUUGUACAAACUUAGUACAGCACAUUAAAGUAAAUGAUGGUCGCCCUUCAGAGAGUACGCAGGGUGUGCAACAAAUAAAGAAUGGCUUAGAUGGAUGCUUUUUCAUCGAAUCUGAUGUGAAACUACAGGGUUUCAAGCGGGCUACAGAAAAUCUAACAAGGAGUUUACAGACCAUUUCCACUGCACUGCACGAAAAGUCUUAUUGCAACUCGGGAGAAUCUCAGUUGCAUAAGUUGGGGGAUGGGUUAGGCCGACAGAAUGAUCAAAGAUCUGAGGACAUAAUAAGAUCAGAGCUUAAAGCAGAAAGUUUACUGACGAGUUUGUUGCGAGAGAAACUAUACUCCAAAGAGCUAGAUAUGGAACAACUUCAAGCUGAGCUGGCAACAUCUUGUAGAGGCAAUGACAUUCUAAAAUGUGAAGUGCAAAAUGCCAUGGAUAGACUUACUUGUGCGACCCACAAGAUGAAAGAUCUUGAGCUUCAGAUGAUUAAGAAGGAUGAGACUAUGCACAAAAUUCAAAAUGACUUGCAAGACUGUACAAGGGAAUUGGUUAUUGUGAGGGGGAUACUACCAAAAGUAGCAGAGGAGAGAGAUUUGAUGUGGCAGGAGGUGAAGCAGUACAGUGAGAAGAAUAUGUUGUUGAAUACUGAAAUUAACAUGAUGAAGAAGAAGAUAGAGGGCCUGGAUGAAGAUAUACUUCUUAAAGAAGGUCAGAUCACAAUUCUGAAAGACACCUUGGGCAAACCUUUUGACCUUCUUGCCAGCCAAGAUUCUGCCCGACAAUUCUUGCUGGACUGAUUGGCUGUGAUCAGUGUUAAUACAAGUAUGCUACUCAGUUUGUUUCUUAAGAUUGUGUAGUGAGGAGAAAGUAUAAGAAAUCUCUUGAUUCUUUUAUUCACCUCAUUUGUUAUAAUUGUUUUUUUUAUAGGAAUUUGUUAUAAUUGUUUUGAUCAUUCUGCUUGCCAAGACAAGUAAAAUGCUCUUGUUUAGCUGUGAACUUCCUGUUACUUUUCCCUUCUAUUUUUUUAUUUUUUAGAAUAUAAGUUUCUUGUUUGUGUAGUGAAAUGUAUGCUCCAAAUUAGGAGUAUACCGGUAGAUUAGCAAAACUGAAUAUCUUUUAUGGAAAUGGCA